AUGGAUUUUCCGUAUCCGUUCGCAGAACUCACACCAUCCUCACGGCCUCACCCGCCUGUUGUGGCCAAAGUGACCCAUCACAGCAUCGAAUUACACUGGGACCUGGAGAGGAAGGCGAAGCGGCAGGGGCCUCAGGAGCAGUGGGCCCAGUUCUCGAUCGAAGAGGAAGACCCCAAGACGCACACCUACGGUAUCAUUUAUACGGGAUACGCCACCAAGCACGUCGUGGAGGGUCUGGAGCCACGGACCCUGUACAGAUUCCGCCUGAAGGUCAGCAGCCCCUCCGGAGAGUAUGCGUACAGCCCCGUGGCCUCGGCGUCCACGACCAGGGAGCCCAUAAGCUGCGAGCACCUUCACCGAGCCGUCAACGUGAACGACGAAGACCUGCUGGUCGGGAUACUCCAAGGAGGCAGCGUGAAGGUGGAUGUCCCCAAUAAGCUCGGCCUCACCGCCCUGAUGGUGGCGGCGCAGAAGGGCUACACCAGGCUUGUGAAGAUCCUCAUUUCCAACGGCACGGACGUCAACCUGAGGAACGGGAGCGGCAAGGACAGCCUGAUGCUCGCCUGCUACGCCGGACACCUGGACGUCGUGAAGUAUCUCCGAGGACACGGCGCUUCGUGGAAGGCCCGCGACCUGGGCGGCUGCACGGCUCUGCACUGGGCCGCCGACGGGGGCCACUGCCACGUGGUCGAGUGGAUGCUGAAGGACGGCUGCGAGGUCGACGCCACGGACGCCGGCUCAGGCUGGACCCCACUCAUGAGAGUGUCCGCGGUCUCGGGGAACCAGAGGGUCGCCUCCCUGCUAAUUGAAGCUGGAGCCAACGUGAAUGUGAAGGACAAGGGUGGGAAGACCCCUCUAAUGGUGGCUGUGCUGAACAACCACGAGGAGCUGGUCCAGCUGCUUCUCGACAAAGGGGCAGACGCGAGCGUGAGAAACGAGUUUGGCAAAGGCGUCCUGGAGAUGGCCAGGGUGUUCGACAGGCAGAAAGUGGUCUCCUUGCUGGAAGGAAGGAGAAAGCAGAUGCCCAAGAAGUCGGCCGUCCCUUCCGUCCGCUGA